UCCAAUCCUAUUGGUUCGGCCUUCCGGUUUCACUACUGACUGAUGUUCGUAUUUUUAGUGGCGUACUGCCUAUUGAGAAUACGAUAAAAAUAUAUAAUUAACAGAAUAGUGUCAUUUUGUGAUUACAUUUACUCUUUUUGAAGAUAAACAACACUCACUGAUGUGAGCUUUGCAACUGAAAACUAACCAAUCAGAAAUUUAGCAAUACUGAGAUACCCAAAGAAGUGUAAUGGCAAUCAAGACUGAAUAACAAAGGUCUAGUAUCUAUCCAACUAACUAAAAAUGGAAGUUGCUCUUGCUCAGGAGAAAAUUUGGUUUGAUAAGUACAAAUAUGAAGAAGCUGAAAAGGCAUACUUUGAAAAUCUCUCAAAGCUGCAAAAAUUGGAUGGAUUUUCAAAUCAAACACCUGAACCCCCUAAAACCAAUAUUUCCCGUUCCCCAGCUCCCAAACCAGCUAAGGAUGAUACUGUCAAACCUGUCCCUAAUCCUGAUCCUACUCCGAAUCCUGCUCCAAAUCCUAUUUCUAAUCCUGUGACCUACAUCACUAUUACUGAACCUCGUAUGGACGACAAACGAUUUAAAGUGAAGAAUCGAAAUAAAACCAAGAAGGAUGAUGAAACGAAAGUUGAGAAAACUGUAAAAACGGAGAUGAAGGUUUCCUCUAACAAUGCUAUAAUGAAAAACUCUUUGGCAGAGGAGGUAGCAAAGGCUCGACAACACAUAAAAAGUUCUCUUGAGUGUAUGGAUGAUCUGGCAAAACUUACAUCUGAAAAUAUUGCAGUUGAAUUCAACAACAGGCUUAAUACUCUGGAGACUGAAAACGCAAGCCUGAAAAAAGAUGUAAAUGAACUAACAGAAAUGAUGAAGAAGUUGAAUGAAAGAAUCUCAACUCUGGAGAAGUCUGGAAGUGCCUCAUCAGCUAAACCUGCAGCCCCUGCCCCAGCCGCUGCAGCCCCCCAGAAGCCAGCCAGCAAGCCCAAGGUGGAAGACGAUGAUGAUGGGGUUGAUCUGUUUGGAUCAGAUUCAGAGGAAGAAGAUGAGGAUGCAAAGAAAGUGAAAGAACAGAGGCUUGCUGAAUAUGCUGCAAGAAAAUCAAAAAAACCUGUACUUAUUGCAAAGUCAAAUAUAAUUCUGGACGUAAAACCCUGGGAUGAUGAGACUGACAUGAAAAAAAUGGAAGUAGAAGUCAGGAAGGUUACUACGGAUGGCUUGAUUUGGGGAGCAUCCAAACUCGUUCCUCUAGCAUAUGGUAUCCAUAAACUCCAAAUAUCCUGUGUUGUUGAAGAUGAUAAAGUAUCUGUAGACUGGUUACAAGAGCAGUUAGAGGCAAUAGAAGAUUUUGUUCAAAGUGUAGACAUAGCAGCAUUCAACAAGGUCUAAUGAAUCAACUGUUUACAACUCUCCCACUCCAAGGUUCUACAUUACAGAAGAUUUGUCUUGCACUCUAACAAAUUGUACUACAGCAGUUUAAAAUUACCUGGUGUUAUUAUAACCGUUCCACAUUAAUGUAUUUAGCCUGUAUUUUUGCUAAUGAUUCAUGUGCAAUUCCAAUAAAUUAUAAAUGACAUGAUA